AUGGCUCUUGAGCAGGACUGCUCGUUCAACAAGCUGCGGUCUGAUACAGCGAUCAAAGUCUCAUUCCAGGGAAAUAUGAGAGUCGUUGGUUCUCAAAAGUGUAACCGGUGGUUCUUCAAGUUUAAUGGUAAUGAAUGCAGCGUACCAAUGACAAUCGAAGCUGUUGUGUACAACUAUUGGCCAUCUGGGAAUCCCAAUCUGCUUCAUCAUCGAUCAUUUGAGGGAUACUGUGAAAACAUCCCACAGGGCACGGUUAGAGUGGAACUAUGGGUAGGACAGUGUCCUGGCUAUACUUUGGGUGACGCUAACACUGGAUGGAAAUCAGUGUCCCGGAUAAUGAUUGAGGAAGUGUCUAGGUCCCAGUCUUAA